AUGGCGCUCGAGGAGAAGAAGCCGGAGGGCGAGGAGGCGCGGGCGAAGCGUGAGGAGGAGGAAGACGAGUUGCUGCGGAACCUGACCGAAGUCGAGUCUAUGUGCCCCAGCUGCGAAGAGAAUGGAAAAACGUUGCUCCUGCUUCACAAGAUCCCUCAUUUCAAGGAAAUCAUCCUCGUUUCUUUCUCCUGCCCUCAUUGCAACUACAGCAACCGCGAGGUUCAGUCAGCUGCGGCUUUGGCGCCGCAGGGGGUGCGCCUCGAACUGACCGUCCGCAGGCCGGCAGACUUUGACAGGCAGCUAGUCAAGGGCGAGCACGCCACAGUCAUUCUCAAGGAGCUGGAAAUCGAGAUUCCGCCAAAGAGAGAGCGGGGAGAGCUCACCACCGUGGAGGGUUUGACUCGACACAUGAUUGAGACGCUGCGGCUGGACCAGCCGGCGCGGCGCGUGCAGUGUCCGCAAGUCGCCGAGCAGAUAGACCAAGUGAUUCUGAAGCUGGUGCGGUGCAUCGCGAGCGACGCCCUCGAGACGCCCUGGACGCUGAUUCUUGACGACCCCAGCGGCAACUCGUACAUCGAGGCGCUGCCUGCCGCCGCCGAAGCCGCAGCGGAGGUGCCCGCGGGGACCAGCCCCGAAGACUUUGCGCCGCUCGACGGCGGCAAGGCGCGCGACUUCCAAGUUCGCAUCACUCGCUACGAACGCAGCAAGGAGCAACUUCACGCCAUGGGAUUCUACGAGGCGCAAAACGACGAAAAACGCGCCGGCGAAGAGGAAAGAGAAGGCGCGGAUAUUCCGGCGCAACUCCGCGAGGGCGCGAAGCCGCACGUGUGGGAUCUCUCGCAGCCGCUCCCUGAGGACGUGAAGGCGACCGCGGCCCGCGACGAGAAGGACAAGGUUUUGGAGGAGGACUACGUCUUCUCGCUGCCCGUCGCGUGCCCGCACUGCGGCACCGAAGGCUCCAACAACGUGUGCGAAAUCGACGUGCCCGGUUUUAGGAGAUGCCUGAUCUUCUCCUUCCUGUGCCAGAACUGUGGAGGGCGCCACUCAGAAAUUAAGGCUGCGGGAGCGUUCGGCCCCACCGGUCGUCGGUGGAUUUUGAUCGUUGAGAACGCCGAGGACUUGAACCGCGACGUGCUCAAGAGCGACACGGCUGUCGUGGAGAUUCCUUCCCUCGACUUUUCCAUGCAGGGCGGUGUGCAAGGAGGCGAGUUCACGACCGUGGAGGGGCUGCUAGGGAAGCUCGCCGAGGCGCUGGGCGAGUCCGCCCCGUUUGCAUGCGGCGACAGCGCACCAACGGAGAAGCGCGAAAAGAUGUCAGAGGUCAUCGAGAAGAUUCGCGCCCUGGAGAAGGGAGAGAACUUGCCUUUCACCUUCAUCGUGGACGACUGCGCGGACAUGUCUUUCAUCGGGAGGAGGCGCUCUGCGCUGCUCGAGGAGAAGAAUAGGCACAGGAAGGCGAAGGAGGCUGACCAGCCGGCGGAGAAGGCCGAGGGCAAGCGCGAAGACGCCGAAAGCUCCGCGACGCACUACAAGGACGGCGAGGCCCGCGAAGAACUCGCAGAGAUAGUGGACGAAAAACUGAGUGAAGAGGAUAUCAAGAAAGCGAAAGAAGGAGACGUGCUUCUCGCCGUUCAAGUCGACGCGCAGUUGACGACAGAGAGGUACAAGCGGACGAAGGAGCAGGAAGACGAUCUCGGCCUCACGGACAUGCAGGUGUAG